AUGUUACCAUGGCAGCUUUCCUUCGUCAUCGCGUCCUACGUGCUCCCUCCUAGCUCCGCACAACUCUUCCCCCCUCCUCCAGUCUACUCCACCAUCCUCCACUCUGCCAGCAACCCGAAUGUCACCAUCUCCUACACGUCCCCCGAAAAGGGGACUUGUGCCACCAUUUUCGACACUCAGAGCCAAUACACCGGCUACAUAGCCUUGCCUCCUGGCAGCAUCUCAUCUUUCCCGACCAACCAUACCACCAACCUCUUCUUUUGGUUCGUCGAGGCGCGGGUCCAUCCCGAGACCGCCCCGCUGACGGUAUGGCUAAACGGCGGCCCGGGGAGCAGCAGCAUGGCGGGACUCUUUCAAGAGGCAGGACCGUGUGAGGUGGUUCAGAUGGCCGACGGCAACUAUGGCACGCAGCCGCGGUGGUGGGGGUGGGAUCGCAGCUCAAAUCUGCUGUUCAUCGAUCAGCCGGUGCAAACGGGGUUCUCAUACGAUUCGCUGGCGAACGCGUCCUAUGAUAUCCUUCGGGACGAGUUCGUCAAGCCUCCGACCGAUGUGCCGGACGGAACUCCGGCAUACGGGUUCCUCAACGGGACGUUUAGUAGCGGAGACACAUGGUCGACGGCGAACACCAGCGUGGCCGCCGCGCAUGCAGUAUGGCAUUUCAUGCAGGCAUUCCUCCCAUCAUUUCCGAAAUACAAUCCCUCUAUACCGGAGAAUUCUACAGCCGGAGGAACGGUCGAAAUCAACCUCGUCACCGAGAGCUAUGGCGGCAUCUUCGGCCCAACCUUCGCAACGGUCUUCGAGCAGCAAAACUCCCAGAAGUCAGUCGGCCUCCGCGGCAACACCACCGCUCUCGAGAUCCGGCUAUCGAGCCUCAUCAUCAUGAACGGCAUGAUCGACCUCAUCACCCAGAUUCCCUUCCUCCUCACCUUUCCCGCGAACAACACCUACGGUCUCCGACUCCUCGAGCCCAACGCCGUCCAAGCGGGCCUCACCUCCUUCCACUCCCCCGCCGGAUGCGAAAGCAUGGUCCGCCAAUGCCGCUCCCAAGCCGCCGCCCUGGACCCCACCGGCUCCGCGGCCGUCGCCUCCAUCAACACCCUCUGCGCGAACGCCCAGGCGAUCUGCGGCCGUCUCCAAAUGCCCUAUCUCCAAACCGGCAAAAGCCUCUACGACAUCCGCCACGACCACCCCCUCGUCUCCCCCUCCAGCGCCUACAUCGAAUACCUUAACACUGCCCCCGUCCAGCGCUCCAUCGGCGCCCCCGUUAACUUCACCGAGACCAACCGCCCCGUCUUCGACGCCUUCCAGCGCACCGGCGACUCCGCCCGCGCCAACCAACUCACCUCCCUCGCCUCCCUCCUCGACCACCACGUCCGCGUCGCCCUCCUCCACGGUGACGCCGACUACGCCUGCAACUGGCUCGGCGGCCAAGCCGUCUCCCUCGCCAUCGCCGCCCUCGCCCAGACGCCCGGCUACGCAACGAAAUUCCCCGCCGCCGGCUACGCCGACCUCGUCAUCAACGACACCUAUGUCGGCGGCGCCGUGCGGCAGUUCGGCAACCUCUCCUUCUCCCGCAUCUACGACGCGGGACACCUCCUUACCGCCGACCAGCCCGAGACCGCCUUCACCGCCUUCACGCGCAUCGUCCGCGGCACGGCGCUCACGACCGGGCAGCGCGUCGACCUCGCCGGCUACGCUAGCGCCGGCCCGCCGACCGCCGACCAUGUUAACAAAAUGCCCAAGCCGCGUGAGAAGACGUGCUGGGUGAGGAACCUCGGCGGCACCUGCACGGAGGCGCAGAAGGCGCUCGCGCUGGCGGGUAAGGGGGUGGUGGUGGGUGGAGUCCUGUAUGAGAAGGCGGGCGAUGUCAGGCCGCCGCCGGGGGAGGCGACGGGAGGGACGCCGGGGAGCCCGCUGCCGAAUACGACGUGGCCGGGGGUGGGGGACGGGGCGAGUGGGACGCGGGGGUGGCCGACGGGGGUAUAUACGGCGACGGGGACGCCUUCGUCGGGAGGCAGGAGGGAGAAGAGGGUGAGUGAGCGGCUGUGGGCGGUUGUGGGGGUGGCUUGGGUGUGGAUGUUUAACGGGUGA